GCAACUCAUAAUCGUACAAGAGAACAUUCAUUUAUUGUAAAGUGAUCAGUGAAGAUUAUUCGAAGGUAUUGAAAAAGUUAUUUAAACGGCUGCAGAAUCAAGUAACAAAAAGUGAAAAAUGGCUCGCACUAAGCAAACUGCCCGUAAAUCUACUGGCGGUAAAGCGCCACGAAAACAAUUAGCUACUAAGGCCGCCCGUAAAAGUGCUCCAGCUACUGGCGGUGUUAAGAAACCACAUCGUUAUCGCCCCGGCACAGUUGCUUUGCGUGAAAUUCGUCGCUAUCAGAAAAGUACCGAAUUGUUGAUACGAAAAUUACCCUUCCAACGCUUAGUACGUGAAAUUGCUCAGGAUUUCAAAACUGAUCUACGUUUCCAGAGUUCUGCUGUUAUGGCUUUGCAGGAGGCUAGCGAGGCUUAUUUGGUCGGCCUUUUCGAAGAUACCAAUUUGUGCGCUAUUCAUGCCAAGCGUGUAACAAUUAUGCCUAAAGACAUCCAGUUGGCUAGACGUAUACGUGGGGAACGCGCUUAGAGUACUCUUCUUUCCUUUUUUUUUUCUUGUCAUUCUCAUUACUUGUAUUUCCAAAACCAAAAAAAAAGACAAAUCAUUUUAAUAAUUUUAAAACAAGGUAAUGUUUAAUGUACAUAUUCUAUGGUACAAAUACUGACAUAAGCAUUAGUUAUAAAUAAAAGCCAAAUAUUGCUUUCAAAGUAAAUGUUUUAAUACAAAAUAAUAU